AGGAGAUGACCAGAGACUGCGGACACAGUACAGGAGAUGACCAGAGACUGCGGACACAGUACAGGAGAUGACCAGAGACUGCGGACACAGUACAGGAGAUGACCAGAGACUGCGGACACAGUACAGGAGGUGACCAGAGACUGCGGACACAGUACAGGAGGUGACCAGAGACUGCAGACACAGUACAGGAGAUGACCAGAGACUGCGGACACAGUACAGGAGAUGACCAGAGACUGCGGACACAGUACAGGAGAUGACCAGAGACUGCGGACAUAGUACAGGAGAUGACCAGAGACUGCGGACAGUACAGGAGAUGACCAGAGACUGCGGACACAGUACAGGAGAUGACCAGAGACUGCAGACAGUACAGGAGAUGACCAGAGACUGCGGACACAGUACAGGAGAUGACCAGACACUGCGGACACAGUACAGGAGAUGACCAGAGACUGCGGACACAGUACAGG